CCGAGAUAAACCCUUCCCCCAAAACCCCUUUUCCAUCCAUUCGCCGCCAGGGCAGCCGCUCCCGCAAAAACCCUAAUCCCUAGCCGCCGUCCCCGACCCCCCACCGCCGCCAUGUCCUCCCAGCCGCCGGCCGUCGCGUCCCCGGGCUCCGAGCUGACCAAAUCCAAGAAGAAGAAGAGCAAAUCCAAGGACGCCUCCGCCGACCCCGCCGCCGGCGAUGACAACCCGUCGCUGGCGGAGGCCGAGGCGAAGACCGACGGGUACAUGAUCAAGCCCCAGUCCUUGGUCCCGUCCCUCGACACCUCCACCUGGCCGCUCCUCCUCAAGAACUACGACCGCCUCAACGUCCGCACCGGCCACUACACCCCGCUCCCCUCCGGCCACUCGCCUCUCAAGCGGCCCCUCCAGGAGUACCUCCGGUACGGCGUCAUCAACCUCGACAAGCCGUCCAACCCCUCGUCCCACGAGGUGGUCGCGUGGAUCAAGCGCCUCCUCCGCGUCGAGAAGACCGGCCACAGCGGCACGCUCGACCCCAAGGUCACCGGCAACCUCAUCGUCUGCGUCGACCGCGCCACCCGCCUCGUCAAGUCGCAGCAGGGCGCCGGUAAGGAGUACGUCUGCAUCGCCCGCUUCCACGCCGCCGUGCCGGACACGGCCCGUGUGGCUCGCGCCCUCGAGUCGCUCACCGGCGCCGUGUUCCAGCGCCCGCCCCUCAUCUCUGCGGUCAAGCGCCAGCUCAGGGUUCGGACUAUUUAUGAGAGCAAGCUUCUGGAGCAUGACGCGGAGCGCCACCUCGCUGUGUUUUGGAUCUCUUGCGAGGCAGGAACUUAUGUAAGGACACUCUGUGUGCACCUUGGGCUGCUCCUUGGUGUUGGCGCGCAUAUGCAGGAGCUGCGCCGUGUCCGUUCUGGGAUUCUCGGAGAGCAGGACAACAUGGUAACCAUGCAUGAUGUUAUGGAUUCUAUGUGGGCGCUGGACAACCACAAGGAUGAGUCUUACAUAAGGCGCGUUGUGAUGCCUCUUGAGGUCAUUCUUACUAGCUACAAGAGGCUUGUUGUCAAAGACUCUGCUGUUAAUGCUAUCUGCUAUGGUGCGAAGCUUAUGAUUCCUGGGUUGCUCCGUUUUGAGAAUGACAUUGAUGUUGGGGAGGAGGUGGUUCUCAUGACUACAAAGGGGGAGGCCAUUGCCAUUGGUAUUGCUGAGAUGCCCACUGCUGUUAUGGCAACUUGUGACCAUGGCGCAGUAGCCAAGAUCAAGAGGGUGGUGAUGGACAGAGACACAUACCCGAGGAAGUGGGGACUUGGCCCCGUGGCACUCAAGAAGAAAAAGAUGAUUGCCGAGGGCCUCCUUGAUAAGCAUGGGAAGCCAACUGAGAAGACCCCAGCUGAAUGGCUUCGGAACGUGGUGCUCCCGACUGGUGGUGAUGCGAUGAUUGCUAGCAUUGCUGCUGCCCCUGAGCCAGAGAAGGUGAAGGUGGAACAGGCUGAUGUCAAGGAGAAGAACAAGCAUGAGGAGGAUAAGGCCGAUGGAGGCCGCAAGAGGAAGGUUGAUGAAGAUGAUGCAUCUGCUUCUACGCCUGCAAAGAAGAUCAAAUCAGAAGAGGUCAUAGAAGCAGUGGAAGGGGAGAAGAGUGAGAAGAAGAAGAAGAAAAAGAAAGAUAAGGGAGAACCAGGAUCAGCCGUUUCGGAGGCAGUGGAGGAGAAGGGUGAUCUGACUGAUCAGGAGAAGGGUGGCAGUGAGAAGAAAAAGAAAAAGAAGAAGAACAAGGAAGAAACUGAUCUUGUCAAACCAGAGAGUGCUCCAGAUGGUGCUGUUGAGGAAGGUGAGAAAAGUGACAAGAAAAAGGAGAAGAAAAAGAAGAAAAAUCGAGAUGUGGAGGAGGCAUAAUUGGUAAAAUUGUAGCUUGAAUUGGCUGCCUGUAAUAUGUGCUUGCAGUUAUGGGGAGUUUGGCCUACCUGUUUUACUUGCUCUGAGCCCCGCCCAACCUUUUAUGGUUUGGAAGGUCUAUGUUUAGAUUACUGCCAUUCUACUGAACUGUUAUGGCAAGUAGAGAGAUUUUUCAUUAAAUUUCUUCGACUAUGAGGCCUGUAUUGCUGUAUAACUUCUCAGUUAGCGCAAUGAUUUUUCCCUCAUCAGUAGUUCACUGCUUUGAAA